AUGGAUUAUGAAAGUCAGAAAAACUAUCCGGAAGAUAGAGAAUUAAUUUCAAUGGAUGAUUUUCUUGAGCCAUUUUAUGACGCACUAGAGACACCAGAUAGCUUAAAAACUGUUUGUCAAAAAGUUAUUGUAUCAAAAACCCCAACCAAAACGUAUUUUGAAGCAAUUCGAGAUGAGUUGUAUAAAGAAUUUGAUAUUAAAACAGAAAAUUAUACAGAGAACUCAGCAAUUGAAUCCUUAAAUAUAUUUGAACAAAAUGAACUAAUAUCAUCAAUCCAAAACAUCAUUACAGGAACGCAAAUCUACACAAAAAUAUAUGGUAAUACAAGAAAUGUCGUUAUUCAAAAAAAUAUUUACCGAAAAUAUUCAGAAACAAAGAUACAGCAAACUAAUGAAUCAAUAGUUGAGAGUUUAUGUGAAAAGCUACCAAAUCACGUAACACCUUAUGAAAUCAUACAAGCUGCAUUUAGAUUAGGAAAAAUUACCAAAAAACAAAAAUAUGAAUAUUUAGAACCAUAUCUGAUAAAUAAACCAUCUGAGCCGACUAAAUUUCUUUAUUACCGCAUGAGAUUUCCACAUUUUCUGAUUGAAACAGAUGAAAAAAGAGGAUCUUAUCGAAAUAUCCAAUUAUCUUAUCUCAAUCAUUCUGGAAGAGAUGAAAUGACUCAAAAUUUAUUGAAUAACUUGUGGGAGAAUAAAGUUCCAAAAUAUAUCAGACAUAGCGAAAUUCCACAAAAUUAUUCUUUUAAAAUUAAAAAUAUUGAAGACAAACUUGGAGAUCUACAUAAUAGUAUCAAUAUUGUAAGCGCUGCACUUCGUGAUUUAUGUUCUUAUGGUGCUGAUUGUAUAUUUCAUUCAAAAAAUUUAGUUAAUUGCUUUAAUUAUUUAGAAGAAAAAGGAGAUUUAAUUGGAAAGUUAUUAUAUGUCCAACCAUCAAUAGUUUAUGACUAUGUUUUCAACAAACUUAUAAUUUAUUUGAUUCAUCUUAAUAUUCAACUUCAAUUUAAUGAUAUAUCACCAAAUAGUUCACAUAUAUCUUCUAGUGUUUAUGAUAUUUCACAAUUAUCAUCCGAAUAUUUUGAAAAAUUCAAAGAAAUUCAUAUUUCACAAGAAAUAUGCAUAGAAAACAUUAGUUAUAUAAGUAAUUUAUUAGAAAUAAUGUGUAAUUAUACAUCUAUUAAUAAAUUGAAUUUACUAGAAGUUGCAAAAGCUCAUAAGAAAAUUUCAUUAUGGUUUAGAUCUCCUUAUGAGCAAAUUAUACUUAAUUAUCGUGAAUCUAUGUUAAUGGUAGUUGAAUCGAACUUAUUAGAUGCAUUUAAGAUCGCAAGAGAAAUAAAUUUUACUGAAAAAUAUAAUUAUGAUGAUUCACUGAAAAGGAAAUGCUUUUUAGAAUCUCUUUUCUCAGGUAUAUUCACCAACUACUCGCAAAUACCUGAAAACAGAAAAAUUUGGUUAAUUGAUGAUGUAAUUAAAUUUAUUAACAAUUUUCCGAAUUCUUUGCCUCAAUUAUCGAUUGAAUUGCUCUUUUAUAGUUUUAGCCUUUAUAAUUUGGCUCUCUGUUAUGAUAAUUCCCCUUUGGAGCCAAAUGCGAUUUUUUCAUUUGAAAAUGGAAUUUUAAAUGCAAAUUUCGAGAAUUCUGAAGAAGUAGUCUUCAGGCAAGAUAUCCCAAAAAUUAUAACUGGUGACGAGCUAUUGAGUACCAUUCAAAACAUGCAAUAA